GGGGCAGCAGCCAUCUGCUGUCCAGUGAUGGCCAGCCUGCUCCGGGGUGCAAUCUGGCGGCUGUUCCCCAGGAAGGGCUACUGCUCCUGGGGAACACAGGGCAAGCUCAGCCAGGGCUUUGUGGAGGCCCUGAAGGCGCUUGUGGGGAGCCCCCAUGUGUCUACUGCGGCUGCAGUCCGAGAGCAGCACGGGCACGAUGAGUCGAUGCACAGGUGCCAACCUCCGGAUGCUGUGGUGUGGCCCCAGAAUGUGGAGCAGGUCAGCCAGCUGGCAGCCCUCUGCUAUGGCCAUGGCGUGCCCAUCAUCCCAUUUGGCACAGGCACAGGGGUCGAGGGUGGAGUAUGUGCCGUGCAGGGCGGUGUCUGCAUCAACUUGACCCACAUGGACCGGAUCCUGGAGCUGAAUCCAGACGACUUCUCUGCGGUGGUGGAGCCAGGUGUCACGCGCAAAGCUCUCAACGCCCACCUGCGGGACAGUGGGCUCUGGUUCCCUGUGGACCCUGGUGCAGAUGCCUCUCUCUGCGGCAUGGUGGCCACGGGGGCCUCGGGCACCAACGCUGUGCGCUAUGGCACCAUGCGGGACAACGUGCUGAACCUGGAGGUGGUGCUGCCAGAUGGGCGGCUGCUUCACACUGCGGGGCCCGGCCGUUACUUCCGGAAGAGCGCUGCUGGCUACAACCUCACGGGGCUCUUUGUGGGCUCCGAGGGGACGCUGGGCCUCAUUACAGCUGCCACCCUUCGCCUGCAUCCUGCCCCAGAAGCCAUGGUGGCUGCCACCUGUGCUUUCCCCAGCAUCCAGGCGGCCGUGGACAGCACCAUACACAUCCUCCAGGCUGCAGUGCCUGUGGCCCGCAUUGAGUUCCUGGAUGAUGUCAUGAUGGAUGCCUGCAACAGGUACAGCAAGCUGAACUGCUGCGUGGCGCCCACUCUCUUCCUGGAGUUCCACGGCUCCGAGCAGGCACUGGCAGAGCAAGUGCAACGCACAGAGGAGAUCACCCAGCACAAUGGAGCCUCCCACUUCUCCUGGGCCAAGAAUGCUGAGGAGCGCAGCCGGCUCUGGGUGGCACGGCACAAUGCCUGGUACGCAGCCCUGUCCCUGCGGCCCGGCUGCAAGGGCUAUUCCACUGAUGUGUGUGUGCCCAUCUCACGGCUGCCGGAGAUCCUGGUGCAGACCAAGGAAGACCUGAAGGCCUCAGGACUCACAGGAACCAUCACUGGGCAUGUGGGUGACGGCAAUUUCCACUGCAUCCUGCUGGUAGACCCUGAGGACCCUGAGGAGCUCCUCAGGGUCAAGGCCUUUGCAGAACAGCUGGGCAGGCGGGCACUGGCACUCCAUGGGACGUGUACCGGGGAACAUGGCAUUGGGCUGGGCAAGCGGCAGCUGCUGCAGGAAGAGGUGGGCGCCGUGGGCAUGGAGACCAUGCGGCAGCUCAAGGCCAUGCUGGAUCCCCGAGGCCUCAUGAACCCAGGCAAGGUGCUGUGAGGAGCUCUGAGCACCUGGCCCCCAGGCCCUCAGACAGUGGCAUCUCCUGUUCAGGAAGCUCUUUUUACACCACAUAACAGUUCUGCCUUUGCCCAAACCCUGUGGGGGCCUUCGCCUGCCCAAGCAGCCCUUUUACUUGGAGAGGCCAGAGGGAGGAGAGAAGUCUGGAAGGCCAGCUCCUCCCAGGCCCACUUGCUGUCCUCAGGAGCCUUGGGUCCAGUAAAUGACUCAGGGUCAUUCCCAGCUUCACUGCUCUUGCACACGUCCUGUCCUGGCUGGGAGAUACUCCCCUCUUAGGAUGACUCCCCUCUGUCUCGGCCUCCCCAUUGCUGGGAGGAGUGAGUGACACAGCCUGGGGGAUCCUUCAAGUGGCUGCUACCAAUCACUGGCAAUGGAAGUGAUUCUCCUGGUACCACACCUCUCCAUGGCGUGAUGUAUUACACAACCAGCUUUUUUGCCCUCAACACCUGUCCAGAGCACCUCGUCUGGGGCACCUGGCAGUUGUUCCCCUCUAAGCCCGCAAGAGGGCACCCGACACCACAAAGCUCAGAUAGCACAGACUGCCUGGGCAGCGGUGCCCAGCACUCACCUCUGCACGGGCCUACAGCUCUCAGUCCUGGGCCCCCUACUUCUCAGGGUCUAGGAGGUGCCUGGCGUCCUGGAAACCAGUCUCUAAACUCUCUACCCGCUACAGGUCCCAGGACCCUAUAGCGCAGGCCCGUCUCCCUCACUCUCUGACCUUGGCCCUUAGGAAAGGGGCUGAGUGAGGGUUGCUGGGGAGCCAGAGGCAUCUUCCAUCUCCACAUUCCCCGAACCCAUCUGUGCAAACACUAAGCUCCUCUGUGACGUCUCUGUCCCUUGGAUGGCAGCAGUAGCUGUGCAGUGGGUAGUGUGGGGCAAAUCUCCCAGGCCCUCCCCCCGAACCACCCAAUCUAACCAUCAGCCACAUGCAGUCUUGGAGACACAGCUCACCCGUGCCCUCCCCUCCACCCAGGUGCCACCCGCAGCCCUCCUGGGGCAGCAUUCUUCUUGGCAGGUUUCUCCCUUCCUGGGCAGGGCUCUUUGAUGUACCCCUCAAUGUCUGGCAACUAGUAGGUGCUCAGCAAAUGACCACUGCCCUGCAAUUCUUUAUUAAGAAAAAUUCAAAACAUACAGGAGAGUUGGAAGAACAAGUCCACCGUUCACUGAAAUACCAGCCACUGAUGAUUCAACAAUGAAUAUUUUUGCCUUA